CUGUACCAGCCUAAAUACCCCCUUAUACCCCAUGUGUUUUACUUCUGGAGAGACUGGUACACCUGCACCCUGGCACACAUCCACCAGCAUACAGAUCAGCAGCGCUGGAGGCUCCUGCAGUCAUGCCAGCCUAACCGACCGUGCUGUUCCUCCUCUUCUGCGUCUGAAAGGUGGGCAGGAUGGGUGAGGCUGCGUCUCCAUCCAUCACCCCUGUGCAACAGAUGGUGGCAUCCGGUACCGGGGCCCUGCUGACGUCCAUCUUUGUAACCCCGUUAGAUGUGGUGAAGAUCAGACUGCAGGCGCAGCAGACUCCCUUCUACAAAGCCGUAGCAGCAGAUUCAAGAUCCUGGAAGGGAAUCAAUCGCCUCCCGAAAUGGAAGUGCUUUCUGUACUGUAACGGACUGAUGGACCACAUCUACGUCUGCCAGAACAUGACCUCCUGCAGCGCCUUGUACAAAACACCCACCCACUUCAGCGGCACGCUGGACGCGUUCGUGAAAAUCACGCGGAACGAGGGGUUACGGUCUCUGUGGAGUGGACUCCCACCUACACUUGUGAUGGCGGUUCCCACCACGAUAAUCUACUUCACCUGCUACGACCAGCUGAGAGACUUCAUGCGUUACGAUUUGGGAUAUAACAGCUACCAUGUACCCCUCAUCGCUGGAGCCCUGUCGAGACUGGGGGCCGUGACGGUGAUCAGCCCGCUGGAGUUGGUGCGCACUAAGAUGCAGUCUCGGCGCGUAUCGUACGCCGAGCUCCGGGUGUGCAUCCGCUCGGCCGUCAGUCAGAACGGCGUCCUCUCACUGUGGAGGGGCUGGGGACCCACCGUCCUCCGAGAUGUCCCCUUCUCAGCUCUGUACUGGUUUAGUUACGAGCGGUUAAAAGAGGAGCUGUGUGAGAUCUACAGAUCACCGCAGGCUUCGUUCAGCAUCAGCUUUACCUCAGGAGCGGUCAGUGGAGCGGUGAGUGGUUGGAACUGGUUUUCUCUUCUGAUCGCUGCCGUACUGACGCUCCCAUUCGACGUGGUGAAAACACGCCGACAGAUCCAGCUGGGAGAGAUGGAGACAGUUGGAGCAACCUUGAAGAAACAGUCUUCCACGUGGCUGAUAAUGAAGAGUAUCUGGAGUGAGAAAGGUUAUCGGGGUCUGUUUGCAGGCUUCAUGCCGCGGGUGAUCAAGGUGGCUCCGGCGUGCGCCAUCAUGAUCAGUACAUACGAGUUUGGGAAGACCUUCUUUGUCCAGCGCAACCGGGAGCAGCGAGGGGGGUGAAGGACGCCACGCCGAGGCUGAACGUCCAGCUUUGGAGAAACUGCAUGUAGCUCGGCCAACGGGCAGUGGGUCUGUCCGACUCAAGCUGGGACCUCUUAGCACCACAGCAUGACCUACUAGCACCAAAGCAUGCUGGGAAACCCUGUGUAUAUCUUCUUAUGCUAGCUCUAUUACAAGCACGGUGCUGUGAACAGACGCUAUUAAGUGCAUGAAUGGAUGGAUGCUGUUUUCAUCCAGCUGAGCCACUGUGUCUUUAAAACGGACUUAUUAGUGAGAAUUUGUGUUUUAUUUGCUUUGAAGGUUCCAGGUACAGAACCCUACGUAGCUCUUCACCCAGGCACCAACGGGACCUGAUAGAUUUUAGAAACAAGGCCAGUAUGGCACCAUUCACUGCUGACUAGUGAUGGCUAAUGCAGACACUCAUACCGACGACUUAUUUCAUUUUCCAUUUUCAGAUGUCGAUUGAUUGAUGAAAAAGUUGAUCUGAAAUGUCUGUGCUUGGUAAAUCUGACACUAAAAACG